AUGGAGGACACUACCAAGCUAAACACUUCAAAGCUAGGCACAAAGGAAUACUGGGAUGAUUUCUAUGCAUUAGAAAGACAAAACUUUGAGAAGAACCCUGAGGACACAGGUGAAUGCUGGUUCAAUGACAAUGAUGCUGAGGAGAAGAUGGUUGAGUUUUUGAUGGAUGCCUGUGGUAUGCACAACAUCUCCCAAGAAUGUACCAUGAUUGAUCUGGGCACAGGCAAUGGACACUUGUUAUUUGCGUUAACUGAAGAAGGAUUCCAUGGCCAAAUGUUGGGUGUAGAUUAUUCAGAGCAAAGUGUAAAAUUUGCCAACGAGAUUGUGGCAAAUAAAGAAUUAGGUGAGCAUCUGCGAUUUGCACAAGCUGAUAUAUUCGACAACAAUUGGAACCCUGGAAAAUUCAACGUUGUAUUGGAUAAAGGCACACUAGAUGCCAUUGCAUUGAGCGGUUUGAAAUUUGAUGAUGAUAAGACCAUUGUUGAUGUAUAUAGCAAGUGUGUGGAGAGAUUGAUGGAGCCGGGCAGCGUAUUUUUAAUUACAUCAUGUAAUUUCACUCAGGAGGAACUGAUAAAGAUUAUUGAAACCGAUAGUUUAAAGAUGUGGGAAUGUGUCAAUUAUCCCGUAUUCGAAUUUGGUGGUGUAAAAGGUACUACCAUUUGUACAGUAGCCUUUGUUAAACGCUAG